AUGGAGCAGCAUGACAAGGACUCGUCUGCGGUGGCCAUAUCCAAGACCCCCAAUUCGAUCCAGAAUUCGAUUCAGGUUCUAAACGGGCCGUCCUUGGCCCACUCCGCCUGGUUCGAAAUCCGAUUGUUCUACGUCCGGGUAGCGCCGUGCGUGAUCGAUAGUGUCCCCGACCACCUCACGCUCCGUCACCUCCGCCGAGAAAUUGGCGUAUCGCUUGAAAUCAACGGGGCCAAAGUUCCGGCUUCGGACUCGGCCUCGCUCACGCUCCGGCGCGAUCGGGUCGACAAGGAAUCGUCGGAGGUCACGUAUGUGAGCACAGACAGCGUUCGGGUCACCGGCCCGGUCGAAUUCGAGGUGUAUGAGAACAAUGACAUGGUUCUGUGUGGGUCUCUGGAGCGAAUGGAGGGUGUUUGGCUCAAUGGAAAUGCCGGGGGAUUGAAGAAUGAUUCGAAAACGGGUUGGAGUAUGGAUUGUUAUAUGGCUGCGUCGAUCAAUUCGGGUUCUUCCGCGUUUUUUCGGCCGAAACUCGGACUUUCGUCGCCGUCCAUCGAGGUUUAUAUCGCCGGAUGUUGCUCCGGCGUGCCGGUCAUCUUGACAAAGACGAUACAGAUUAGCCCGAGGCGGAAGGGCACCCGUCACGCCAUGCUGGAUGCGAUUCCAGAGGAUGAGGAGGUUGGGAAGGAGCACGGCAAGAGCUGUAAUGGGUUGGUUCGCCAUCGGAAAGUUCAGAUCACAGAACCUGAAAUCGAUGAGUAUGAGUCAGAAGGGAAAAUUGGACAUCAUUUCUACUCUGAUGACAUGUACACUGGUGAAGAUGGCCAACUCACAUGGUUUAAUGCUGGUGUUAGAGUUGGUGUUGGAAUUGGCCUCGGGAUGUGCCUUGGGAUAGGGAUUGGUGUUGGACUGCUCAUGCGUUCCUAUCAAGCGACUACCAGUAAUUUCAGGAGGAGGUUUCUCUGA